AAGAAAUUCAAAGAAAGUGAAGAAAAAAAAAGAAAAGCAUAGAAUUUUGAUGGACUUUAAACGAACUGAGGAAUUAAAACAAAUAAACCACAUAAAAAUAAUAAUUUUAAAGAACUGUUAUGAAAAAUGAAGGUGAAUUAUAAAACAUUUUUUUGUGUGCUACUCGUUAUUGAACUCUAUUAUGUGCAAUCGAUUGAUGGCAAAAGAUCGUUUGGAAUAACAGGCAGAAGGAGUAAAUCUAAAUCGCCAUCAGUGAGAAGAGGUCAACAUGGACAUGAGGGUGAUGAUCACGUUCCCGUUCCAAAACCACAAACACCAGAAAGGAAAAAAGAUGUAGGAUGGAAUACAAAUAGCCAACAUAGUACAAAUACACAUCAUACUGCAGCACAAAAUCACAAUCCCGUGGCACCUCCAUUAGGACCUCAGAUACCACAGACUACAAGAGGUUUAUAUGGAGCACAAAAUGCAGCACCACCACCUUAUGGAUCACAUGCAAAUUAUGGACAUGGACCACCUCCAGCUUACGGAGCACCACCAAGCUAUGGAAGCUAUGGAGCUCCUCCAAGCUAUGGAGCAAGCAUGGGCCAUCAUAGUCCAUUUGGUCAACAGCCAGGAAUGUAUGGUGCAGGAAUGGGCUCUCCUUAUAUGGGUGGACCGUCUCCAAUGAUGGGAAUGCCAAUGAUGGGAUCUAUGCCUGCAUAUCAAAAUCGUGGAAGCAGUUUUGGAAGUGGAAUGAUGACGAAUUUAUUUGCCGGACUUGCCGGUUAUCAAUUAGCUAAAGCAUUCAGCGGUGGUAGUGGACACAGAGAUCGUGAGAUAAUCAUUGUAGAUAAUCGUCAAGUUCAAAGCAAUAAUGAAGGAAGCAUAACACCUCAACAGCCAAUUCCACAACAAACGCCUUUAAGUCCAAGUUCAGUGCAAUCAACCGAUAAUCAUAGCGUAUCAACAGGUCACGACUUACCUCAAACACAAACCAGUUCUAUUCAGACUCAAUCAUCCACAGAGAUUCCACAAACACCUUUUUUACCAGCAAGUAAUGAGUACAAUUAUUGGGGCCUACCGCAGUACGGAAUUCCUCUCUACGGAUAUAAUUUACCAAAUCAAAUAAUAGAUUACUACAAAGUGGAAACAUUCAAGCCUCAGUAACAAUCUUAUCAUCACAACAAGUCUCUUGAAAAGAUGUCACAAAACAGUCUCACUUAAAUUAUCACAAUAAAUACAUAAUAAUAAUAUUAAAGUUAAUAUAGAAAAAACGAUAGUUUAUUGAAAUGGGAAGAAGUUUUUUUUUGUUAUAGAAGUUAAUAAGAAAAUUAAGGCCAAAGCUUUGUAAAUAUAUGUGAAUUUAUAUAGCAUUUACAUUUUGAGCUCAAAUGUUUUUUUUUUCAUAUUUUGAUGGUAAGACA